AUGCCGUCGGUACAGACCGUCAAAGAAAUCUACAUUGACAGCUUUCUAGAAAUGCUGGACUAUCCACAGAUCCAUACACCCGACGACCAAGCGGACUUUGCUGAUGGUCUGGAGUCUCUGUACGCCAAACACGCUAACGUCUUGGUUCAAAUGGCCAAGGGAGCUUUUCAAUUGCGCAAAGCCGUAAGGUCUGGUCAAGUAAAAGGCAGCCGCAACAACGAAGAUAAUGACGACGACCGCCAUCACGUGUCCUUUGAAUGUAUGGAAGAAUGCCAUAAAUUCCUCGAUCGAUUCUAUACAUCCCGUAUCGGUAUUCGCGUUUUGGCUGGACAAUACUUGGCCUUGCACAGCAACCAUGCCUCGUCGGGAUCAAGCUUGAGUGACGAUACACCUAACAAGCACGACGACAAGUAUAUUGGUAUGAUAUGCCUGAAAACUUCGCCGUCAGCCAUUGUCCGCCGGGCCGCUAGUGACGCAACCACCAUGUGCUUACGCAAAUACGGGAUAGCUCCACGAGUAGUGGUCCAAGGGCGGCUCGAUUUGACCUUUCCUUACAUACCCACUUAUUUACACUACAUUUUACUCGAACUGCUCAAGAACGCCCUGAGAGCCACCACGGAACACCAUGCAUCCCUUGCUGGUCCUUUACCAUCCGUUACUGUCGUAAUUGCCGAUGGGGAUGACAAUGAAGAUGUGGUGAUUAAGAUUAUGGACGAAGGUGGAGGGAUCCCCAGAUCGCGAAUCGAAAAGGUCUGGUCGUACCUCUACACGACAGCCGAUCCCUCCAUACAAGAAGGCUUUAUUGGAGAGAAUGAUCACAGCAGUGCUUCACCGAUCGCUGGACUGGGAUAUGGUUUGCCAAUUUCGCGUAGCUACGUGCGGUAUUUUGGUGGCGAUAUGGAUUUGAUGUCCAUGGAAGGAUAUGGGACGGACGCCUUUUUGUAUUUAAAGCGCAUCGGUGAUUCGAAAGAACCCUUGCCUGUUUAA